CUGAGGGCUGGGGGAGUCGCCGCAGCCGCACCCCACAAAGCUGAUAACAACGCGAUAUUCCGCUCGAUUUGAGGCAAAAUGGCAAAAAAUACCUCUAGUUCGGCUUUUAGAAAGAUCGACGUCGACGCGUACAAUGAAGAUAACUAUAAAGAAGACGAACAAGGCGAAUUGCAGUCGCCUCCAGUGGGCCCAGACGAGGCAGAAGUAAACUCCUUCCUAAAUCAGGGCCGUAUGGUUGAUGCUCUGAAAACUGUUCUCCGGAAUGCACCCCUUGGCUCCAAAAACCAGCAAGUCAAAGACGCUGCGCUAGCCCUCACUAUGAAGGUGCUUUUGACUGUAAAAGCCUCCCAGGUGGAAGAAGUUGUUUUGGCGCUUGAUCCCGACCUUGUGGAUGUGCUGAUGAAGUAUGUUUACAAGGGUUUUGAGUCUCCCUCUGAAGGAAGCAGUGGUCACCUUUUGGUUUGGCAUGAGAAAGCGUUUGCUGCCGGCGGUCUCGGAAGCAUAGUAAGAGUGCUUACAGACAGUAAGAGGGCCUGAAUCACAGAUUUAAUUGUUAACUGUACAUUUUAACUAUAACUAUUCAAUUGAACAAUUCAUUACAUUUGAUUCCACAAGCGUUAACUUUAUUGAGUUGAUCAAACUCCGAUGUUAUUGUAUGGACCGUCAUAAGCAUUAAGCAGAAAUAAACAAUACUAUUUGAUUUAACUCUUGCUCAACGCAAUUUUUAAACUUAACAGUAUCAAUUGAUUUAAUUAAAUAAUAACUGUUAAAUAGUGGGCGAAAUGCUGUUGGAACAUUAUUCAUGUGGUGAUGUUUGAAUAUUAAUUUCUAUAAAAUAAUAUUAUUAAAAGA